AUGAUGAAGCGAAAUAAUAAUACUGGUGUUGUUGGAAGCAAAAGAAGGAAGAACAAAAAGCGCUCGAAGAAGUCGAACUUAUUGGUGUUUAUUUUAUCGAUUACGAUUUUCUAUCGCUUAGUAGUCCAAAGAGGAGUUGGGAGGAGUUUUAUGACGAAACAUUCGAGAAGAGAGCAACUUCAAAGUCAGUUUGAAUACGACCCGUUCGCGAAAGACGUGGAUAGUUACGGGGUAAAUGUUGAGGAUGUGGACGCGCCGUUGGCGCCGGAGUCGCAGACGAGCUCGACGUCAGACGCGAGCGUUUUAGCGGUUUUGGCGAACGCGAGUUCUUCUUCGUACGUUCCGCAACAAACGAAAGAGAGAGCGUUUUAUGGAGAACACAGAGAUGUUUUCGGUCACGCGAGUUGGCAACCGGUGCAAGCGAGACUGGUCGACUACGCGGGGGCGACGAUUAGCGUGGAAGGAAAAUUCGCGAGACGGUCGUUCGCGAGAGCGUUUGCCGCGAAUAAUAAUAAUAAUAAUAAUAAUAAUAACAACAACGGCGGAGAUAAUGAUAACAGUAAUAACGAGUUAGCGUCCGAUUUAGGCGUUCGAGGGCCGCGACUAAAACGUCCCACGCACAAAGCGUGGAUCUCCCCCAUCGCGAACAACACUUUAAAAUACAAACACAUGGCCACCAUCGCGCGACUCGGAUCUGUGGACUCACCCAACGCUCGAUUUGUCGUCGCGUGGCAAGGCGCGGAAGACAACGAAGGUUCUCUCACGCAAAGAAUCUACCACGCGUUUUCGAAAUCCUCAACCGGCGAGAAGUGGGGUCCGGAAUUUAAAAUCCCCGCCAUUGAAAACGGCAACGCGCAGUGGUCGCCGGUGCUGCACGUGGACGAAGACAACAACGAGAUUUUCUUAUUUUACAGCGAAAGUCGAGAAUGCAUUCGAAUAGCACCUCAGGAAGGGGAUUUUAACCCAUCCGGCGUACAAAACGACAGGCAAUUACCGGGAGGUGACAUCAUGAUGACGUCGUUGAAAGUGCCGACGUUUGAAAAUUACGAGUGGUUGAAAUCGGUUCGAUGGGCGCCGCCGAAAAAGAUUUUCAGGCAAGGCGAUGUCGGCAAAGGCGUCGGGCCAAUUCCGAAAGUCAUCGCCAAUCCCAUGAUUGUGUUGCGUUCUGGAGUGUGGUUGCUCCCGUAUUGGCGAGAACCGCACGACGCGCCGCCGUGUUCGAACUUGUUGUUAACGAAGGGCAACGCCGGAGUCUUGAGGUCGAGAGAUAACGGUAAGACGUGGAAAGCGUACGGGAAGUUGGACCACCCCAGGACGUGGUUGAUUGAAAACACGUUGAGCGAAAGAGACGAUGGGUCGGUUUUGAUGCUAUUCAGAACGAAAAUUGGCGUUUUGUAUGCCUCGGCUUCGUACGACGAAGGCAUCACGUGGACGCCCCCGGAAUCGACGGCGAUACCAAACCCAGAUUCGAAAAUCGUUUUAACUCGAUUGCACUCGGGCGCCUUAGCGAUGGUUCUAAACGCCCACGGAAAACUGAAAGGUCAGAAACGGCACGCGCGGACGUUUCUCGACGUUGCAGUUUCCGGCGACGGCGGCGCGACGUGGCGAAGGAUCGCGAGAUUGGAAGACGAGUCGCAAUCGCCGCUGGUGCGAAGUCACUAUCCAACCGCGAUUGAGGCGUUUCGAGAAGGCGGGACGCGGUUGUUGAUCACUUACAGCAAAUUUUAUUUCGGUUUAGGUGGAUUAGACCAAGCGAUCCAGGAGCAACGCCCGAUGGGGAUUCGACUGCAAUCCAUCAGUUUGAAAUAA